CCUCGCCGCCUCAAACACCCCAUCACCGCCAUUCCUCCUUCCUCCCCAUAACGCCCAUAAACCCAUCCCCUUCUCUCCACUUAUACCUUACCUCUCCUCGUAGAAAGCUCGCAUCAGUCCAGCCAUGUGCGGUGGCGCCAUCAUCUCCGACUUCAUCCCUCCCCGGAAGAGCAGCGGCUCCAACCGCCUCCUCUCCGCCUCCGAACUAUGGCCCGACGCCUCCGACUCUUUCUUCCCCAACACGCCCGAGCCCGUCUCUGCUCCCUCCGAGAAACCGAAGAGGAAGAGGGAAAGGAAGAAUCUUUACAGAGGGAUCCGGCAGCGGCCGUGGGGGAAGUGGGCGGCCGAGAUCCGGGACCCCAUGAAGGGCGUGCGCGUGUGGCUCGGCACCUUCAAUACCGCCGAGGAUGCAGCCCGCGCCUACGACCGCGAGGCUCGCCGCAUCCGUGGCAAGAAGGCUAAGGUCAACUUCCCCAACGAAGACCCCCUUCUCGAGCCCCCGAAAUCCCAAUCCCAUCCAUCACGCCACUACCCACGCGGCCCCAUCCCCUCUUUCCCCCCCUCCGUCUACCAGGGCCAUCCAUCCGUUGCUCCGAAAUUGGAAACGGCGGAGCCUUCCCCGGCUCCGGCGGUUGCCAACGGCGGCGAUGCCGGCGGAGAGGUGAAGAGGCUGUCGGAGGAGCUGAUGGCGUACGAGACGUACAUGAACUUCUUCGAGAUCCCGUACAUGGAGGGCGGAGCGGUGGCGCAGCCGGAGGUGGCGGCGGCGGCGGCGGUGCUGCCGGAGGCGGGGACAACUGCCUGUAAUCAGCAAGCGGCCGUGCCUUCGAAUAUGGGGAUGCUGUGGAAUUUUGAUGACUCUCUUGCCCUUUAAUUUCGCAUGCCUUCUUUCUCUGCCUCUCCGCUUCUCAAGUCUAACAGCUUCUACUUGUAUAUAUUUAUUUAAUUUUUACUGCUCGUCUUGCUUUGGUCCAAGAAACCGGACGGAUGGUCUUGUUCUAUGCUAAUUUGCUGAUGAUCUGCUGUUAAAGACUAUGAAUAUUUGCUUUGUGAGAUUUAAUUUUCCGGCAUAGGGAAUUGCGACCUGCUUUGUUGCAGGAAGUGGUUCAGCUCAUGCUCUGUUUCAUUGAAGCUUGUUUUGUAAUUCGAGAAGUUCAUAUACAUUUUGCCGAGCUUUGUGAGACAUGUUAUUAUAGCUUCA